UGUCCGAGUCAUGCAAAAGAACAGGGGAAGGCAGGGUGGAGUUGCUUUCCAUCGGUGAAAAACAAAUGGUAAAUAGAAAAAAAAACAAAACAAAAGGAUUAACAGAACAAACUUUGUAGCCAGAUGCAGUUUUACAUCACAGUGAGAAAACAGAAAGUUCAGUUGUCGAGGGUAGAGAUUUAGUUUUUAGUAAAUAAAUACACUUUUUAAACUAAAGUACUGCACUAGAGCAGUAACUAAACAUUAAAAGCCAGAGCUGCGUCCAGAUGGGAAAAGGAGGGAUUCAGAUGUUCAGUGAGGAACGUGAUGUCCACACAGAGAGUCUCACUGUAAGAAUGCAGGUGUGUUUUCUUCUCCUCUUGAUGCAGCUUUAUGUCACUGAAGUCCAACUACCGGCCAUAGAGACAGAAGGCUGCAGUCUGGAAGGAGACAGUGACAUAAAAGCCAUCACUGCAUAUACAGGAGGCUCAGUACUGCUGCCCUACCCCUGCACUGACCUCCACACCACACCUGGGACAUUCACAUGGGAGAAAUACACAAAUGAAAAUAACUGGGUAGAGAUAUCUCCUGAGAGUGAUCAGUACAAAGACAGAGUUCAGCUGGUUAAUGAUCACUCGUCAGGAAAUCUCUCUCUGCUCAUAUCACACCUGACUGUAGAGGAUGGAGGAGAUUACAGGUGUAAUCUUACAAAAAGUGAAUACAGAUAUUUCAGACUCACUGUUGAGGGUUGCACAUUGAAUCAGCAGACAGUGAGUGUGACUGGAUACGUGGGACAGUCUGUCCUUCUGCCCUGCUCUUGCUUUCAAUUACAAGCCAAACCACACACUCUUAGAUGGAUCUUUAUUAAAGGAUCUGAUCACAAGGAAAUCUUCCCAAAGGACCAGACAAAUCUCUACACACACAGAGUUCAGCUCAUUAAUGAUCAUCAUCCAGGAAAUCUCUCUCUACUCAUAUCACACCUGACUGUAGAGGAUGGAGGAACGUACAGGUGUCAGAUUAACAAUGCUAUGGAUGCAAAUGUCAUACUCGUAGUAAGAGACGCACCAACAAGACCUUCAACAUCCACUCCAGUAAUUAUAACAACUUCACCUAAUCCCAAACCAGGUGUCACAACACAAACCCCAAUGAUCAACGACAAAACAACUGCACACACUGAAACAUCUUCUGAAAAAGACGCACCAACAAGACCUUCAACAUCCACUCCAGUAAUGAUAACUUUACCUAAUCCUAAACCAGGUGUCACAACACAAAGCCCAGUGAUUAACGACAAAACAACUGCACACACUGAAACAUCCUCUGAAAAAGAGACUCCCACAAACCCAAAUCCUCAUUACACCACCAUCAUCAUCUGUACUGCUGUUGGGAUUCUGCUGCUGAUACUUGGAGGGGUCAUGUGCUGGAAACACAGAGGACAGAGAUGAGGACAGACCGAAAUCAGUAAUGGACAAAAAGCACAAAAAAGACAGCAUAAGAAACAGGAAGAUGUGACCUACAGUAUGAGUGCAGCUUAAACUACAUAGACAUACUACAGUAUAUGCAGCAUGAAAACCUCUCUCUCCUCAGAACACAGCAUUAAAAAUAUAUUAAUUUUGCAUAUUAAGGACAAAUUAUAUUUUUUAUUCAUGUUUACAUUUGUCUUUAAAUUCUUAAUCAAUUUAAAAUUGUAAUUUAAGAGUGCACAUUACAUUUAAAUCUUUAAAGUCUAUGUACAGUACAUAUCUAUCUAUCUAUCUAUCUAUCUAUCUAUCUAUCUACACCCACUCACAAAAGUGAGUACACCCAUCUAAUUUCAGCAAACAUUUUAGUAUAUCUUCUCAAAGGACAAUAUUAUAGAACUAACACUUAUGUAUUUUAGAGUAGUCAAUGAGCAGCUUAUAUAAGAGUAUAGAUUUCCUGUCCUUUGAAAAUUACUCAACAUAUACCUUAAAUGGUAAAGCUGUACAUCUUUAACAAUGCAAAGUCACAUGUCCUAUUCAUGAUGUUCAUGUGUGUGUCAGUGGCAAAGUAUGACCUGAACCCUGCUGAGCACCUGUGGGGUGUCCUCAAGCUGAAGGUGGCAACGUAUUUAACAUCCAGUAGCCCUGUGAUAUCAUUAUGGAGGAGUGGAAGAGGAUACCAGCAACAACAUGUGCAGCUCUGGUGAAUUCCAGGCCCGGGAGGAUUAAGGUUGUUCUAGAUAAUGAUGGUGCUCACACAAAAUACUGAAACUUUGGACGAGGUUUUGACAUGCUAACUUAGGGUGUACUCAUUGUCAUUGCCAGUUAUUUAGACAACAAAGUCUGCAAGUUGAGUUAUUGUUAGAGGACAGUAAGUCUGUACAGUUAUACAAGCUGCACAUUGACUAAUCUAAAGUAUGUCCAAUUUUUAUUUCUAUAGUAUUGUCCUGUGGGAACAUACAAUAAAGUGGUUGCUGAAUUGUGAGGGGUAUACUUAAUUUUGGGAGAUACUCUAUCUAUCUAUCUAUCUAUCUAUCUUGAAAUAUAUCUAGAAUUCUUUAUGAAUGCUUUGGAUAUAAUAGACUACAGUGUUAUUUUUAGCUGUAACAGUUUUUUCUGCAUGUUAAUUUCACAUAUAAAUAAUAAAAGCUAAAAAAAUC